AUGCCAAAGCAGAAGGUCCCGGAGUUGGCGGGCCUAUUGGUAACUCGGAUACUUAUUUCUUUGCACACAAACCACCGACACAACAAUAUCCAACCAUCCAAAAAGGGAUACGAUCUCGGCAUGCUAGGUGUUCUGAUUCACGUUCUUGGCGAUGCCGCCAACAAUGUUGCUGUCAUAAUCUCAGCACUAAUUAUAUGGCUCACAAAAUAUCCUCACCGCUACUACGCGGACCCUGCAGUUAGCAUGACCAUCGCCAUUGUCAUCCUCGCAACGUCGCUCCCAUUAGUAAAAAAAUCAGGCAAGAUCUUGCUGGAAAGCGUCCCAAGUGGAAUAAACCUCGACGACGUCAAACAUGACCUUGAAACGAUUCCUGGCAUUAUAUCAGUUCACGAAUUACAUGUUUGGCGACUGAACCAAGAGAAGGCAUUGGCAUCUGUGCAUGUCUCGAUGUCAGAUAAGACGAUUUCAGACUUUGUGGAUAUCGCGAAGACCAUGAGCGACUGCUUUCAUAGCUAUGGGAUCCAUUCGGCUACUGUACAACCAGAAUUAGGGCAGACAACUACCGCUGCAGUGGCGACGGGGGUUGAGCAUAAGGUUGCUUGUUUGCAACCCUGUCAAGUGAAGUGUGGCACUUCUUGCGAGGUCUUGACUUGUUGUGGGUAA